CUAAUUUUUCUGCCAAAUUUUUCAUCGAAGAGUUUUUGGUUAUAUACAUUUAUUUCCGAUUUCGUACCUGUAUAUUUUUACCUUGCUUAACGAGAUUCAUAAAACAUGUUUCUAUCAAUAACAAAUAGCCAUUCUGAAAUAUGGAGGCUCUAGAAGAAAAAUUACGGGAAGCGGCUUGUUUGGGCGACUUAGAAACUGUUGAAAAAUUGACCAAACAAGAUAUAAAUAUAAAUUCUAAACAAAAAGCCAACGGAUGGACUGCUCUACAUUGGGCUUGUAAAAAGGGGCAUGAGGAUAUAACUAAACUUUUAUUAAGCAGGGGAGCUGAUCCGACCAUUGUCAAUAACAAGAAUGAAACACCAGCAGAUAUUUGCUCAAGUCCUUCAGUUUUCAAUUCAUUUAUGGAUGGGAUAUCACUAGCCAAUAAUCGUUUGUAUGAGUUCAAGCUUCGAACCAAUAUCUUGAAAAAUUCCAAUCAGACUGAUCCAACAUUAUCAAGAAUUAAACAUUCGAAUAUAACUUAUAUGCCUUCUACCAUGUUGCCAUCCAUUGUACCGGAUGAGGAUAUUGUUCUGAAAAUUCGUAUAUCUGGUAGCAAUGAUCCAGAUUUCAUAGAAGUGGAACUUCCUAAAUGGAAACUCACAUACAAAAAUCUCUUAAAAUUGUGCUGUGAAGAAUUGCAAUGUUCAGAAGAUCAAGUUGAAAGGAUUCGCAAGCUGCCUAACACUCGUUUGAGGACCGACAAUGAUAUUGGCAGGCUUGUGAAUUUUCAGGAAAUUGAAAUAGUGAUGAAGGGACCACCAGGAAGCGAUAAGCCCACUAAUUGCUAUCAAAGCAUAUCGACUUGCAAGGAUCAAACUAUACUGUACUGAAAAAUACGGUUCCUGGUAAUAGGACAUAUGUUUUACCAUUCCAAAAGUAUGGAGCAUAAAAUUAUCACUGUGAAUAAUUUAAGAUAUCUUUUUAUGUAGCUUGAAAAUAUUUAUAUCGAUUAGAUUUAUAAUCCUCGCCUUGUGAUAUCUUCAUAUCUCAAUUUCUUCUGUAUUCAUUGUGAAGUAUGAUUUUAUUUUGACAAAAAAAAAUUUAUACAAGUUUUUCAAAUUUGGUGAUUAUAAUAGAAGAAUGUUAUAAGUGAUCCAUACCCCAGACUUUGAAAAUAAGCUUUCUGCGGAAAUUUUAAUGAAAAAAGUUUGACUAAGUUACCUAUAUAUCCUAUGAAUAUUGAUAAUAUUCUCAAAAUUUCUCUACUUUCAAAAUAGGUUAGAAAAAUAUGUAUCACAGUAAUAUAACUGAAAAAUAUACAUGCUUACUUGCUCAAUAAAAAAAUCGAUCUAA